GAGCGAAGAAUAUACUACAUAAGAGUGUAAGAGUAUGUAGACUAAUUACCAAAAUGAUGUAUAGACUUUUUCCAUUGCUAGUUUCUUUAAACUCGUGGUUAAAUUCACAAAAUUGUACACAUCUUCCAAAGCCAAAAUGACGUAAGGACACGAUUGUCAGUGGGUCCUUAUAAAUCCAAGUUAUUUGUCAAUAUUAUUGUCAUUAGUAGUUGCCCUUUUCGCUCUUAAUUUUUUCCAAUUACAUUGUUUUUAUGUCGUUUAUAUCAAUAAUAUUAUAUACCUACGCCUUAUUGUAAAAAAAAGACAAAGAUACAGAACAUAACUCGCUUUUUCAAAAUUGAGUAUAUUGUUUAGCUUAAAAAUAACGAUAUCAGUGACCAAAAUGUCUACUGCUAACGAAACCCAAAAUUCGCGAAUAAGUAUGAGCAGCCACAACAGAAAAGUUCGGUAUAGGGCUCUUCUAGAGGAUUUAUCAACAUUGGAAGACGACAGCAGCUCCAAUGUGGAACGUAUGGAACGGACUGCAAAUGCAGUCAAGGAGGCACAGGCCUUGUUGGCUGAGGGUGACGUUGAGGAAAGAGUCAAGCAUCCAGGUGAGGCGUAUCUGGAUUCGCGGGUGCUCCGCGCCACUAGUGACCUGGCCGUGCGAUGCUCAGAGGCCGUCACUGGAAACGUAAACACAUACGACCGGCAUGAGCUCGCACAACACAUUCGCGAGAACCCCGAGGUGUGGUCGUUCGCGCUGCCGCUGGAGGUGCCAUGUUCUGCGAGUCUGUUCGGGUCUUUCGCACCGACACCGCCCGAGUUGCGGCCGCGUCAGCCGCGCCGGCGGAUCGAGAGACAGCAACAAGCCGCACUCAAGGCACCAGAAAAGAUUGACAAAUUAGAGAAAACUGAAGAAGGCUCAGAGAUGGUGAGCAGGGUGAAUCGGUUCAUUCUCAAGUCGUACCGGGAGGGUGGGCAGAAACCUCUGAGCUACUUCCACGUGGUGCUGGACCCUGGCAGCUUCAGCCGCACUGUAGAGAAUAUAUACCAUGUCUCGUUCCUCAUCAGGGAUGGAAAGGUCUCAGUGCAACUUGACGAGAAGUAUGGUCUCCCAUUCAUGUGUCCGGUACCUCAGGAUGAACAGGAGGGCGCCGGGGAUGAGAACCAGUUCAUUGUCUCUGUAGACAUACCUCGGUGGCAGGAGCUGAUAAAAGAAUUUCGUAUAAAGAAACCUAUGAUGGUACUGAAGAGGUGACUAACUGAACUGACUGUGGACAUUAUAUGGGAGAUAAUGUGCAUAUACAGAAGA